CCUAGCCGUAAUUGCCAUUUCGAGGCCCAAAACUGCGAUGGGUGAACUUCGGCUCACGAAACACUGUUGCUUUUUGUCGCAGUUCUUUACAAGAUUGUGUCCUUGGAAUAUUCCUGCAUUGCAAAAUGCUGCUAUAUCGGCGAGGGGAGGGUUGGAGGUGAUGAAGCAGUGCUUUCCCCUCCGCUGCUUGACGGGCUCGAAAUGUGCCCGACAUUUCAGCUCCUCGUGCAGGCGGGCAGCCGCGUCCCCAGAUCCCCGUCGCCUUGACUUUCAAGCCAUUGAUGCAAAAUGGCAGCAAAGAUGGGCGAAACAGUCCCGCACGCAUCACCCAGGCUCGUCUCGGAUAUCAUACAUUCUUCCCAUGUUUGCAUAUCCGUCUGGAUCUUUGCACAUGGGCCACCUCCGCGUCUACACGAUUUCCGAUGUUAUAGCACGCUAUCGACGGAUGCGAAACGAUCGAGUCUUACACCCGACAGGCUGGGAUGCCUUUGGAUUGCCGGCUGAAAAUGCCGCAAUUCAGCGUGGUAUUGAUCCUGCUGUGUGGACCGUAGACAACAUUGCAAAGAUGAAGCAACAGCUCAAGGGCAUGAAUACAAGUUUUGACUGGGAUGCUGAAAUUUCUACUUGUUCGCCGUCGUUUUACAAGCACACUCAGAGCAUCUUCUUGAAGCUUUUCAACCGCGGCCUAGCAUAUCAAGCUGAGGCACUUGUGAACUAUGAUCCUGUCGACAAGACUGUUCUAGCAAACGAGCAAGUUGACAAUAACGGACGAUCCUGGAGAUCUGGAGCCAUGGUGCAGCAGAUCAACCUUCGCCAAUGGUUCUUCCGCAUCACCGACUACAAGGAGGCUCUUCUUAGGGAUCUCGAUUACCUGUCGGAAGGGGAAAAGUGGCCCGAACGAGUGCUCUCUCAGCAGCGUAAUUGGAUCGGGCGUUCGAUGGGUGCUCGCAUCCAGUUCACAAUUGAGGAUGAAAGUGGCAACUCAAGGCCCAUACAUGUCUUUACGACAAGGCCCGAUACUUUAUUUGGGGUAAAGUACCUCGCUUUGUCGACGAGCCAUCCUCUGGUGUUGCAAUUGGCUGCCAACUCUCCGGAACUGCAACGAUUCAUCGAUCGACGAGCCUCAUUCACGCCAGAUACCAAGGAAGGAUUUGAGCUGCCGCUCCGUGCAAUCAAUCCUCUUUCCCAGGCACUCGAUAUCGAAGCAGAGCCCCUACCAGUCUAUACUGCACCAUAUGUGCUCGAAGCUUACGGCGAAGGUGCGGUCAUGGGCGUUCCUGGGCAUGAUUCCAGGGACCUCGGCUUUUGGAAGCUCCAUAGACCCGGAGAUCCGAUUGAUUUGGUGGUAACACCCCAAGAAAGGCAAGCUGGAAACACUUCUGUCCUUCCUGAAGAUCUGCAAGAAGCAUACACCAGCCAUGGAAUCCUGACGUUGAUAUGCGGACCAUAUGCUGGCAUGAAAAGCACCGAAGCAGGCUCCAAAAUCGUUGAUGACCUAAGCAAGAGGAGCCUCGCCGAACCAUCCGAAACUUGGAGACUUCGCGACUGGCUUGUUAGUCGGCAGAGAUAUUGGGGGACACCCAUACCAAUCAUUCACUGCUCAGAUUGUGGCACUGUUCCAGUGCCGGAAGAAAAUCUCCCCGUGGUCCUGCCACGACUGGAUUCUUCCAUUAAAGGCCAAACAGGCAAUCCUCUCGACAAGAUGGACGACUGGGUCAAUUGCAAAUGUCCCAAAUGUGGUGGAGCUGCUAGGAGAGAAACAGACACCAUGGACACUUUCGUGGAUUCUUCUUGGUACUUCGCCCGUUUUCCAGACUCACAGAACGAGGUCGAACUCUUUUCUGCCGAUUCAGCAGCCACAAUGCUACCUGUGGACACCUAUGUGGGGGGAGUCGAACACGCCAUCCUGCACCUCCUCUAUGCUAGGUUCAUCUACAAGUUCCUAUGCAGUGAGGGGCUUGCACCUGGUGACAAGGGCCACCGCGAACCUUUCCAACGUCUUGUUGCACAAGGAAUGGUUCACGGAAAGACUUAUUCCGAUCCCGAUACAGGAAAGUUCCUCUUGCCCAUUGAGCUCAAUGUCGAUGGUGACACAGUUGUGGUCAAGUCAACCGGCAAGACUCCGAAUGUGACAUUUGAAAAGAUGUCCAAAAGCAAGCACAAUGGCGUCGAUCCGUCAGUGGCGAUUGAGAAGUUUGGUGCGGAUGCUUUACGAGCUCAUAUUCUCUUCGCAGCCCCUGUCAGUGAGGUGCUACAAUGGGACGAAGAGAAGAUUGUUGGUAUUCAGAGAUGGUUCGGCCGUGUCAGUCGCCUUGUGUCAGGGCUGGUUGAGCAGCAAUCUGUGGGCGGAGGGCGCGCGUCGACCAUGGCCCCCUAUAAGUUGGACUAUUUGACUGACCACGAUGCCAAUGCGCUACUUCUCACGCAAGCUACGAGCAAAAGUAUAUCUCACACCUUCGAAAACGACGUCUACAGCUUGAAUACCGCGAUCUCAGACCUAAUCAAGCUGACGAACGCAUUGCACGAUAUCGGUGUGAAGAGAUUGACGCUUAUUGUGGCACAACAAGCAGUCUCUGCACUGCUAAAGAUGAUGGCGCCUGUAACGCCAGCUUUCGCCGAAGAGUGUUGGGAAGACCUUACGGAAGACGGGGACUCGGGAAGUAUCUUCGAGACGGCCUGGACUGGUGACAUUCUCACUCCAGACCAGGAGACCGCCUUGCAAGGACGCCAAAAAUCCAUGAUAUGCGCCGUGCAGAUCAAUGGAAAACUCCGUUUCACGGCAUCAGUUCCUUCCUCGCAGUCACAAGGAGCUGUGAGGUCUGAUAAAGCAGCCCGAGAAGCAGAAGUCCUUCAGGCCGUGCUUGCAACCGAAGAUGGUCGGGUCUGGUUGACGGAAAGGAAUGACUGGCAAAAGAGGAAAAGGGUGGUGGUUGUAGGCGACGGAAAAGUGUUGAAUAUAGUCUUCUGAGGACUGAACAGCACAGGUCAUUGGGUUGACCUGCAUCUUUCCAAGCUCGAGCAACUGUAAUAUCUAGACUCAGUGUACAUGUGUAGAAAUACUUUAGGGAAUCGGUUUCGUAUUGAAAGCCCGAUAUGUGGAGGCGACCUCUGCACCAGGCUCCCAAUGGACACAAUUCACCUUG